CGUGACUUGAAAAUAGUAAAAGAGCCGACUUUCUAAGGCACAAAAAAGCAUUGCAUAUCAUGUCUAUUCUGUAUUUCAUCUGUGCCUUCUUUCACUAUUUAUGUUUUAUUAUCUAUGGCGAAGAGCGCUACUAGACGAUUAAGAAUACCAAACAUAUAAGUACGUUCAUUGAGUGACUUGCAUUCCAUCUGUAAAUUUAUAUUUUUUUGAGCUUACACGUGUAAAAGUAUUUUAAACAUGGAAAAAGAUUUGUUACGAUCCCUCGAUCUAUUAAAAGAAAACGAUGAACAGGUACGAAAUGACGCAGAAAAUGCAUUAUUAACUGUUUGUCAAAAUAUUUUAUCACAUCCAAAUGAUAAAAAAUUUCGAGAAGUAAGGCUUGACCAUCCGCUAGUUACAGCAAAAUUACUUCCAGCUCUUGGAGCUAUUGAAUGUUUAUUUGACAUUGGUUUCGUCGAGACUACUGACUGUCUUUCUUUGCCUCCAGAAGCGCCACUUUCAAAAUUACAAACUCUGCAGAAAUUGCUUAAUAAAAACUCUCUUUCAAAAAUACCUAUUGUUAAAAAUGCAACAUUGUAUAAUUUGAUGCCUCCAACAUAUACAGGAGAAGAGAAGAAUUUUUUCAAAUCUAUUAUAGAUAAUUUUCAAAGUGUUUUACGAUAUGAAGAUGCAAAUUUACAAGAAAAAGCUAAAAAAGUAAUACCUAUUGUAGAUCUUGAAAUUGCUACUAUGACAAGAAUUAGACAAUUGCAUAAACAUAUUAAGGUAAAUCAAACUAGUUCAGGAAGUGAUAUUAUGAAACAGUAUAGUGAGGAUGAUAUUGAUGAUGCUAAAGAUUUAUUUAUGGAGCUGUUGCAUUGGUUUAAGUAUAAAUUCUUUACAUGGAUUGAUAGUCCAAAAUGUACUGCAUGUUUUUCAGAAUGCAAACAACAGGAAGUAAUAUUGUCUGAUGAUCCUAGAUGUUCACGAAUAGAAAUACAUAAAUGUACUAAGUGUGCAACACGAGUAAAAUUCCCUCGUUACUCUGAUCCAGAGCCAUUGUUAACUUUAAGACGUGGACGGUGUGGAGAAUGGGCGAAUGUGUUUACUCUUUUUUGUCGAACAUUAGGAUACGAUGCAAGAUUUAUAUAUGAUCGAACAGAUCAUAUUUGGACAGAGGUAUGGUCGAUACAUGAAAAAAAAUGGAUUCAUCUAGAUCCAUGUGAAGAUGUUAUGGAUAGACCAUUAAUGUAUGAAAAAGGUUGGAAAAAAAAAUUAUCUUACAUAAUAGCUUUCUCAAGAGAUGAAGUACAAGAUGUUACUUGGCGAUAUACACAUGAUCAACAAACUGUAAUGAAUAGAAGGAAUAUUUGUUCUGAAAAUAAGCUAUUACAAUUCAUUGAAUCGCUGAAUAAAUAUCGUCAGUCUUUACCAAAUUAUAGUGCUUCUCGCAAACAAUAUGUUAUAAAACGAAGACUUUUAGAGCUUGUAGAAUUGAUACAUGUUCCAAACAAACAGAAUUUUGACGACGAUGAGAAUUAUAAAGGACGAUCUACUGGUUCUUAUGAAUGGAGAUUAGCAAGAGGAGAAAUUUCUGAAUCAAAUGUAAAAAAAAAUUAUGUUUGGAAUAUCUCAGAAUAUGGAGAAACAUUUCAUCUGCAAUAUUCUAUUAUUAAAGAUAUAUACAUAAUAAAAGAUAAUGAUGGUAAAAUAUUAACAGAUAUAUCUGGUUGGGAAAAUGGAACAAACGAAAUAGAAGGUGGAAUAUUUCGAAAAGUAGAACACGAUUGGAAAAUUGUAUAUUUAUGUCGUUCUACAACAGCAAUUUUUGGUAAGAUUAGAUGGUGCUUUGUAAUCGCAAAUCCAAAUUUAUACGUGAGAAUAUUUCAUUUACAAGCUAUCAGUAAAGUAUUUCAUGAUGGUAAUGUAUCGUGGGAAUUGGAAGCGUUUUUCAAUAAUGCAAAUCAAAACAAAUCUGUAGUUUUAUUCAUUAGCGACAUUUCUAAUUAUUACACAGACCAAGUAAAAGGAGCAGUAAAGUUAAUUCUUACAGCAACUAUUUCUGGUGGUCAAGGUGAUUGUGCAUGGCAACAUGCACAACUUUUUCGACAAAGUUUAGAAAUUGAAGAUGAUCGAUCUUUAUUGAUUGAUAUUGAAUUAGAGAAGUAAUUCCAGAAUUGAAUUGUAUAAUUUGAUUUAAGAAUUUUGAGUUUUAUAUACUUUAUCCAUAUUUUGUGCAUAUUCAAUAACGCUAUAUACUAUUAUUAUCAAACAUAUCAAGAUGAAUUAAUUAUAUUUUAAAAUUGAUAAAAACACAUUCCAUAUUUAAAAAUUAUUUUCUUUUUAAAAAAGUUAUAUAUUUAAGUUUAUAUUUUAUAAUUAAAUAAUAAGAAAACUUUUUAAAUUUGUGUAAUAAAAUUUGCAAAUAUUUAUUAAAUAAAAUUAUAAAAUUAGAUUGUUAACUAAUACUGCAAAUAAAAACUAGCUUUUGGGCUUCAUAAG